AUGGCUCAGGUCAUACCCCUCUGCUCAGCCUGCAUCUUACGAUGCACGAUGAUUGAUUAUCUCUGCAACGUCAACGAUGGGAGUCCCGACAGAAGCGCCAACGCAAUCUCCACGUUGAAACUCUGGAUUUCGUACCUUUCGAAAUCCCUUGCGGCGCUUUCAAUGCUGUAUUCACAGAAUACUGGACUAGAUGCUGGGGAGAACAUGUUGCAUGUUUUGAGACAAUGUCAAGACAUGCUGAAAGCCCUAGACGAAGAGCUGUGUCGGGCAACGGCAAGAGAAGAUGCGGUUCUGAGCAUUUUCUCGGGAUGGGUGCUGAGGUUUCGACUGAGCGAUGUGGAUUUUAAUGUCUUGACGUCACUGGUGCAGGUUUAUAAGAUGCUUGUGGAUGUUAUGUCGGUGACGAUAUUGAGCUGCUGGAGCCGAAACUCGUCCUCCUUCUUAUCUCCUGAUAAAUUAUACCACGAGUACCAUCGUCGAGGACAAAGCCAGGUAGAAACAAUCAAGCAAAUGCUGCAGAGACACCGCCAGGCCGAGCAUACACAAACUUGUCUGCUUGAUGUCAUUUACGGACCCGGCUGGAAUUUCGAUAGAGAUAUUGUGCCACCCAUGGAGUUCUUAAUAAGACAGACAAAAGAAACUUUCAUUCGCGGUGCUAGUAAUAUCUCUGCCAGACGCCAGAAAUCCAGUCCCAACUUUCGGAAUGUUUCCUCGAGUGGCAUAGCAGUUUAUACCGAGAACAAGGGUGAUCUUUUACGUGACCAUUCAAGUCGCAACCGAGAAAAACCAAUAUACUUUGGCAAUUCCAAUCUCAAAGCAACCAAGGCAAAGAGCGCAGAAGAAGCCGGCCUUCAAGCCCACGAAAAGAAAAACUACGACAAAGCCGAAGAACUUCUGCGGAAGUGUCUAGACUAUCGAAUCGACCUAGACGGGGAAGAUAUUUCAGGGGUGCAGUUUACCAAAUCUAUGAAUGAUUUGCGAUCGAUAUUAGCCACUAUCUAUAGUGACAGAAAACAAUGGAAUGAAGUGAUCAAUGUCAUGGAACCCGCUCUCAGCUCCCCCACCCUCGAUGAAAAAUAUAAGCUUGAUGCGAGAUAUCUUCUAGCAAAGGUAUACUACGAAAAGGGCGUUCUAGUGGAGGCAGAUGAUAAGUGUGCUUUGGCAUUGGAGCAAAGUCGAGAGGCGAAUGGGAAAGAAGAUGCGAUCUUUUGCGAAUCCGCUGCUCUGUUGAAAUCGAUAUAUAAAGCUCAGGGGAGGCAGGAGGAUAUACCAAUCCUAGACGACUAUGUUGUUAAGUACGAAAAGGACUCGUUUACUGCUCUGAUUAAAGAUGUAACAGAGCUGUACCAGAAGCACUCUAUACCAAGAGUUGAACAGAUUACUUUUUCGUGGCUGGAUCGACGAGUGGGUACCAUUAACCUCGAUGUUGAUCCCCAGUCCAAACCCUACACCCUAUGGGGCCCAUUGAAAAACACGUGGAGAACGGAAUUGAAGUUGUCAUUGGGUCAGUCAUUUAAUUCUGCGUUUCUUGGAAAAGGGGCUAGCUGCUCGUUACUCCAUAUUCUUGCUGCUCUCGAUAAUAGUGCCUUAAUCGAGCAUCUAAUCGACAAAGAAGGCGCCGUUGUCGAUUGCACAACGAGGCAUUAUGGGUUUACUCCCCUGGCUAUCGCCGUCCAUUUUUACUCUUACCGUGCUGCAAGAGCGCUGAUUAAUAGAGGCGCCGCCAUAAACAAUAAGUAUGAGAUAUCAUUGUUGAACUGGGCCUCGAAUCGAAGCACCAUGCUGGAUUUGCUGUUAUCCGCAUCGAAGUCGAAUUUGAACGAGACCCUACGAUCCGCCGUCGGCAGCGAGGGCUGUUCCCGGCUAGUAGAGGCGUUACUAGAGCGAGGAGCCGACAUUGAAACCAAAUUCAAAGAUGGCUCAACACCGUUACUGCGAGCCUGCCAGAAACCCUCGCGGGAAGAUAUCGUUGCCGUGCUUCUCAAAAAGGGGGCUAAUGUCAAUGCGUCGAUCCGUGGCAAAGUCGGUCAGAAUUCGUGGACUGAUAUGACUCCGCUUACCUUUGCGGUGAAAGGGAAUCGCCCUGAAUAUGCUCAGCUUCUGCUGGAGCAUAACCCUGCAUUACCUCUGUAUUAUAUCAAGAAGCCGUGGAAGGUGGAUUCGAAUCAUGCUUAUCAGCUUGUGAGGGAGACUUACUGUAGAGAGACUGCUUCGGGUUGA